GCCCCGCGCCCCGCGAUCACGUGAUGUUUGGGUGCCGGCGGCACGGCGCGGGCGCGCGGCGGCAGAGAAGCCACUGAGACAACAAGCUUUUGGUCUGUUGUGCCUCUGCUGCCUUGUGCCAAACCAGUGGCUCCACAUCGCGAGGAAAUAGAAGCGUGGUGCAUGUGAUUUCUGGCAGUAUCUGGACUUGGCACAGCAGUGGUCUGUAAGAGUCAGCUGAGAGACUGUGCCUGGAAGCUGUCCCCAAAAUCAGCCGUACCCCAUCAUGGUUUAAAAUACAAUCCUGCAUCCACUGCUGUCUAGAAAAUGUCUUAUGGAUCCAUUGAUGGGAGUGGAUUUGGGAGGAACCCAUUUGGAGGCCCUUCGAGACAAGGCUAUCAACCUCUCGCCACCCAGAUUGAUCCCAGUGAACUACAGGAACUUUUUCAGGAGACUUCAGCCAAUGUCUUCCGAAUUAACUCCAGUGUGACCUCUCUGGAAAGAAGUCUUCGAUCUCUGGGGACCUCCAAUGAUAAUCAAGAACUUCAGGAUGGACUGCACGCAACCCAGCAAGAGACUAAUAAAACCAUCACGACUAGCACCAAAGCCAUCAAGCAGCUGUCUGAGGUUGUCAGAGGCUCAUCCAGGCAAGAACGACUUCAGCUGGAUAGGCUGAAGAACCAGCUGUCUGAUGCUAUCCAAAGAUACGGAGCUGUGCAGAAGAAAAUAGCAGAGAAAUCCAAAGCUUUGCUUCCUACUGGGCAGAGAAGUAGCAAACAAAGCCCUAGGACUCCCUUCUCUGACCUAGCUGAUGAUGAGAAGAUCUUUAAUGGAGGAGAUGACACGUGGCAAAACCAAAGUCAGGAUCGAGCCUUGCUCUCGGAAAUCACAGAGGAGGAUCUGGAGGCCAUCCGUCAGCGGGAGGAGGCCAUUCAGCAGAUUGAGAGUGACAUGCUGGAUGUGAACCAGAUCAUUAAAGACCUGGCCUCCAUGGUGCAUGAGCAAGGAGACACAAUAGACAGUAUUGAAGCCAACAUUGAGACUGCAUCUUCUAAUGUAGAAUCAGCCAAUGAGCAGUUGGCAAAAGCAAGUCAGCACCAACUACGAGCCAGGAAGAUGAAGUGCUGCCUCCUCUCUGCUGCUGUGGCCGUUCUGCUGUUCAUCGUCAUAAUCAUUGCAGUCUCAGUCAAACAUUGAUCUGAUGACUGUUUCCACAGAGUCUGUGAUCACCCUGUGAAGUGGAAUGGAUUCUCAAGGCAUUUCACAUUCAUUCCCUAUGUCAGUGUCUGCUUUGCUGAUCACGGUGUGUUGAAACUGCUAUAACCAACAAACGCUAAUUGUAUGGAAGAAAAGCUAAGUUUAAUGCCAUGUAUCAGUAUAAUUGUGAGUAAGUUUUCCUGCUAUUUUUUUUUUUUUUUUUUUUAACCCUUAGUUGAAAACAAGUUUUACCCAGCAUUUUGGAUUUUAAUUGUGCCACCUUUGUAUCUGGGGAAUGUUAUUUUUUUGCCUCCAGAUCUGGUGUUCUGUGCGUUGUAACAUACAUAGCUGAGAAUUUAUUUUUAUUGUUUGUGUUUUUAACAUUCUCCUGACUUCUAGCUCUGCUCAUUAGAAACUAUGAAAGUCAAUGUGCUUUGUUUGACUCUUCUGUGAUUAUUUUUGUAUAUUUUAAAUAGAAUCCAGCUCAGAUUCUCAUUUCUGUGCACUGCUGCUUUAUAAUUUGCUCUGGCAAAUAUGAGCUAAAUUAUUUCAAAAUUACAUGAGUAAAUUACAAACAAUCAGCAAGAUACUUAUUGGAUUCUAUGACUGUAUACUUAUUUGAUACCACUGUAAGCAUAGAACAUAUUUAUUUAUUUAUAAGAAACACUAGUGAAAGAGCAAGACAAACAUUAAGACAUACUGUGAUCUCUUCUUUGAAAAUGAUCUGUAAUGUGUUAAAAAAGUCAAGCAAUGCAUUUCAUGAAAAAUAUAAAAUUCUGUAUUUGAUUUGAUCUCAUAGGUUUCAACACAUUCACCAUUUGGGAUUUUGUUCCAUUUUCAUGCACAAUAUAUUCUGCUGAAAACAUGAUUGAA